UGGUGUGAUUGACGCAAUCCACAAUUCUACGACCGACAUCCAACAUGACAAGUGUAACUGCAGCAAAGUUAACUUUUCGACGUUUCACGAAAAAUGUAACAGAUCCGGUGAUUCCAGAAGUUUCGGCACGAGCUCUUGCCCAACCAUCGAGAGUUCUAUUGGGUACCGUUGGACGGCCCGCGACUAUUGCUGCACUCAAUCAAGAUGUCAAUGCUUGGAGUAUGGAGGAUGACAGAAACGAAACCGAAAACAUUGGCCCGGUUCAUCAGUUUGUUAAAGUUCCUGAGAAUGCAGUGUUCUUGGAGCAAAGAAAAGAGAUUAAAAGGUGUUUAAACUACGAUGAUGAAGUGACGAUAGCGAAUGAUAGAGAAUCGAAAUUUAGACAAGAUGUAUCCACUAGUAUUGUAAGUUUUUCAGAAAAAGACAAUGUCCUCCAGAAAAAUCAAUCGAUUGGAGACAGCGGUGGUGUCGGUAGUGGAUUAGUCACAAUUCCUAGCCAAGCCGUGUUCAGUUUCGUACAUGAUGAACGAAUGGUACCAGAUUCAUCCAAAGGCGAUGGUCCCCAGCUAAGAAAACUGACUUCCAGUUCCAACAGUAGGAUGAAUAUUUGCGAAAUAACAACUAGCAACAAAGAGCGGGCCCAUUCGGCUAGAGUAUCAAGUUGUUGGAUUAUGCUACUCACGCUUAUGUUGCUCAUCAUCAGUCUGAAACUGUUCGUAAUUGUACUGCUUGUGAAUCGGAUUGCAUAUUUGGAGCGUGAGAUCUCAAAAACCAGCGGCCAGGAGAUGCCAGCGCACCCAAACUGGCUGCAGUGGGUGUGGGUAAUAUGGGAAGAUUUCAUGACAUUUUUGACAUCCGACAUUUAAAAAUUAUCUAGUAAAAUAAUACAUUUAUUUUUAUUAUCUUUUCCAUUCAA